GUUACCUGGUCCAACUGCCCGGGAGGCUCCCCACGUCAGCUCCGCUCUGCAGCCGCACCUCCGAGCUGUCCUGCAGGCUCAGGUCCUGACAUUUACAUUCUCCGUCCCUCAAACACCAUGAGAGGCCUUCUCAGCUGGCCACUGGCUACGCUGCUACUCCUUCUCCAGCCCUGGGAAACCCAGCUCCAGUCUGCAGGACCCAGGUGCCAUACUGGGCCCAUGGAUUUGGUGUUCGUGAUUGACAGCUCCCGCAGCGUGCGCCCCUUUGAGUUCGAGACCAUGCGGCAGUUCCUGGUGGGCCUCCUCCGCAGCCUGGACGUGGGGCGCAACGCCACGCGCGUCGGCGUGAUCCAGUACUCGAGCCAAGUGCAGAGCGUCUUCCCGCUCCGGGCCUUCUCGCGGCGUGAGGACAUGGAGCGCGCCAUCCGCGACCUGGUCCCGCUAGCGCAGGGCACCAUGACGGGCCUGGCGAUCCAGUACGCCAUGAACGUGGCCUUCAGCGAGGCCGAGGGCGCGCGCGCGCCGGAGGAGCGCGUGCCACGCGUCGCCGUCAUCGUGACGGACGGGCGGCCCCAAGACCGCGUGGCCGAGGUGGCGGCUCAAGCGCGCGCCCGCGGCAUUGAAAUUUACGCGGUCGGCGUGCAGCGAGCGGACGUGGGCUCCCUGCGGGCCAUGGCGUCACCCCCACUGGACGAGCAUGUCUUCCUCGUUGAAUCCUUUGACCGUAUCCAGGAGUUUGGCCUGCAGUUCCAGGGGCGAUUGUGCGGGAAGGACCUGUGUGCAGAGUGGGGACAUGGUUGCCAGCACCAGUGUGUCAAUGCUCCGGGAACAUUCUACUGUGCCUGCAACUCUGGCUACAAACUAGCGGCAGAUAAGAAGAGGUGUUUGGCCAUUGACCUGUGUGCUGAAGGGGCCCAUGGCUGUGAGCACCACUGUGUCAACUCCCCGGGCUCCUAUUUCUGUCGUUGCCGACUUGGAUAUGUACUGCAGCAAGACCAGAGGAGCUGCAGGGUUAAGGACCUGUGCAAUGGUGUAGACCACGGCUGUGAGUUCCAGUGUGUGAGCGAGGGCCUCUCCUACCGCUGCUUGUGCCCUGAGGGUCGGCAACUUCAGGCAGACGGCAAGAGCUGCAACCGAUGCCGGGAAGGCCACGUGGACCUCGUUCUGCUGGUGGAUGGCUCCAAGAGUGUGCGCCCGCAGAACUUCGAGCUGGUGAAGCGCUUUGUAAAUCAGAUCGUGGACUUCCUGGAUGUGUCCCCCGAGGGCACGCGCAUCGGGCUGGUACAGUUCUCUAGCCGCGUGCGCACCGAGUUCCCACUGGGCCGCUACGGCACCGCCGCGGAGGUGAAGCAGGCGGUCCUGGCGGUGGAGUACAUGGAGCGCGGCACCAUGACUGGGUUGGCGCUGCGACACAUGGUGGAGCACAGCUUCUCCGAGGCGCAGGGCGCACGGCCCCGUGUCCUCAAUGUGCCUCGAGUAGGCCUAGUCUUCACCGAUGGCCGUUCCCAGGAUGACAUCUCGGUGUGGGCAGCGCGCGCCAAGGAGGAAGGGAUUGUCAUGUACGCUGUGGGUGUAGGCAAGGCGGUGGAGGAGGAGCUGCGCCAGAUUGCCUCAGAGCCCGCUGAGCUACACGUGUCCUACUCCCCGGACUUUAGCACCAUGACACACCUGCUGGAGAACCUCAAAGGCAGCAUCUGUCCAGAAGAGGGCAUCAGCGCCGGGACAGAGCUUCGGAGCCCUUGCGAGUGUGAAAGCCUCGUUGAGUUCCAGGACCGCACGUUGGGGGCGCUCGAGAGCCUGACGCAGAAGCUGGCCCAUUUGACUGCGCGCCUGGAGAAUCUGGAGAACCAGCUGGCCACCAGGAAGUGAGGGCCGCAGGUGGCUCGAACCCGGGCAGUACCUGGGCUGCACUGUCGGGGAGGAGGCGCUGGCGGGGUCCCAGCGUGCGCUCGAGCUGGCCUCGCCUGGACCCGGAGCCAGACGUCAGGCACCAGGGGAGGGGGCGGUGUGCAGGGCGGGCGACGGCUAGACCCGCACGCCCUCGCUGCGUGCUGCGUUCAGUUCUUUGUUGGAUUUCUUUUUGUUUUCUUUUUCUUAAAAAACAAAACAAAACAAAACAAAAC